AUGGUCCGGUCAGAUCCUGAAUCUGAUGUUGACGCCGUCGAUGUCGACCUUUUUGCCGACCCGGAAGACUACUAUCCACCCACCCCCCCGCCGACAACACAAACGUAUACUACGACUAAGGGGGAGAUUAUUACCCUUCAUUUAGUAGGCCAAUCCCCCACAGAAGCCCACCACCUCUGGAACGGCGCCCGCAUCAUGGCCUCCCACUUCGAAGCCAACCCCUCGCUAGUCCACAACCGCACCGUCCUCGAGCUCGGCGCCGGAGCCGGCCUCCCCGCCAUCGUCGCCGCCACACUAGGCGCCCGCCGCGUGGUAGUCACCGAUUACCCGGACCCCGACCUCGUCGAGACCAUGUGGCGGAAUGUGAGGGGGUGUGCUUUGAUUCCCGGGGUACGGGGGACGGCGAACGGGGAGGAGGAUGGGGAGGAUGGGGGACCGGAGAAUAUUGUAGUGGAUGGGUUGGUGUGGGGGGCGAAUAGUGGGAAAGUGCUGAAGCAUUUGGGGGAGAAGGGGAAGGAGGAAGGGUUUGAUGUGUUGAUUUUGGCGGAUUUGUUGUUUCGGCAUACGGAGCAUGGGAAUAUGCUCAAGACGGUGCGGGAGACGAUGAAGAAGAGCCGGGAGAGCAAGGCGUUUGUGGUAUUUACUAGUUACCGGCCUUGGCUGCAGCAUAAGGAUCUCAAGUUCUUUGACUUAGCGCGGGAGGAAGGGUUUGUGGUGGAGAAGGUGUUGGAGAAGAAGAUGGAUAAGCCAUUGUUUGAGAAGGACCCUGGGGAUGUGGACAUCUUGAAGACGGUGACGGGGUGGGAGUUGAGGUGGCCGGAGGAGGUGCUGCACCAAAAUGGGAGGUAG